AUGGGCGAUGAAAUGGACCCGUGUGAAUGCCUGUGGAACCACGAGCUGGCGAUGCGGAGGCUCAUCUCACUGCUGCGUCAAGGCCAAUCCUACUGUACAGACAAUGAGUGUCUCGAUGAACUACCAGGGUUGCCUCCAGCAAGUUCAGCGGGGAACAGCUUUUUAAUGAUGUUCCUCAUGAUGGUGCUAGCAGUGGCCAUGUAUAUGAUGCGCCCGCGACGCAAUCAAAUACAAGAUGCCAAGCCUGUGCCUAAUUCUCAGGAUCGUGAUGGCGCACCACCAACGCCUCCAAGAAUU